UAUUAACCUGUCUGUCUGUCUGUCUACAGUGAUGUACCGUAUUAACCCGUCUGUCUGUCUGUCUACAGUGAUUCACUCGCUGCAGUAUUUCCUCACGUCGUCGUCUGGACUCUCAACCUUCCCAGAGUUUGUUGCUGUUGCCAUGGUGGAUGAAGUUCAGAUUGGGCACUACGACAGUAACACCCAGGGAAUAGUGCUGAAACAGGCCUGGAUGGAACAGUUAUUCAGAGAUCAUCCAGGUGAACUGGAGACGAUGACUGGAAUGGCUCUGGGUGCCAAGCAGAGACUCAAGGCCAAGAUUUUGGAUCUGAAGAAGUGCUUUAACCAGACAGGAGGUGCCCACAUUGUUCAGAGGGUGUUUGGUUGUGAGUGGGAUGAUGAGGAUGAUUCUACUGAUUGUUAUAACCAGUAUGGUUAUGAUGGAGAGGACUUCAUAGCGUUGGACCUGAAGACCCUGACCUGGGUCGCUGCAGUACCUCAGGCUGUCAGCAUCAAACAGAGAUGGGAUCAAGAAAGAGCUGGAUUACAAUUCGAUAAGUACUUUCUCACCAAGGAGUGUGUUGAUUGGCUGAAGAUACUCCUGGCCUAUGGGAAAAGCACUCUGCAGAGAACAGAGCGUCCGCGGGUGUCUCUGCUCCAGAGGAGCCCCUCCUCCCCAGUGGUGUGCCAUGCUACAGGCUUCUACCCUGACAGGGUGGUGGUGUUCUGGAGGAGAGAUGGCCAGGAGCUCCAUGAGCAGGUGGACCCCGGGGAGGUCCUCCCCAACCACGACGGGACCUUCCAGGUCAGCGUGGACCUCAACCUCACGGCCGUCCCCCAGGAGGACUGGGGGAGGUACGAGUGUGUGGUCCAGCUGAGAGGCAUCGAGGACAUCUCCACCCCCCUGGACCCCGCCCUCAUCAGGACCAACUGGGGUUUCCUGGUCAGUGCGUCUGAUGCUCGAGUCGGAGUCACGUCUCUGUGGAUAAUCUCAUCGAGCUGUUCUUCUGAAUACAUCGAUAUGAAGGCGCUAACGGGGAUGCUGCUGUUGGUCUUUGGUCACGGUGUGUCCUCAGUGCUUCACUCUAUGCAGUAUUUCCUCACGGGGUCGUCUGGACUCACAACCUUCCCAGAGUUUGUUGCUGUUGGGAUGGUGGAUGGAGUUCAGUUUGACUACUAUGACAGCAACACCCAGAGAGUAGUCCUCAAACAGGACUGGAUGGAGCGGCACACCAGAAAGGACCCCGACUACCUGGAGAGGAACACUGGAAUCUAUCUGGGUGACCAGCAGGUCUUCAAAGCCAGCAUUGGGAUUCUGAAAGAGAACUUUAACCAGACAGGAGGUAUCCACAUAUAUCAGAGGAUGUAUGGUUGUGAGUGGGAUGAUGAGGAUGAUUCUACUGAUGGUUAUGACCAGUAUGGUUAUGAUGGAGAGGACUUCGUAUCGUGGGACAUGAAGACCCUGACCUGGGUCGCUGCAGUACCUCAGGCUGUCAGCACCAAACAGAGAUGGAAUGAGAAUAAAGCUAGAUUACAAUACCUGAAGUACUACAUCACCAAGGAGUGUGUUGAUUGGCUGAAGGCGCUCCUGUCCUAUGGGAAGAGCACUCUGCAGAGAACAGAUCGUCCGCGGGUGUCUCUGCUCCAGAGGAGCCCCUCCUCCCCAGUGGUGUGCCAUGCUACAGGCUUCUACCCUGACAGGGUGGUGGUGUUCUGGAGGAGAGACGGCCAGGAGCUCCAUGAGCAGGUGGACCCCGGGGAGGUCCUCCCCAACCACGACGGGACCUUCCAGGUCAGCGUGGACCUCAACCUCACGGCCGUCCCACAGGAGGACUGGGGGAGGUACGAGUGUGUGGUCAAGCUGAAAGGCAUCGAGGACAUCUCCACCCCCCUGGACCUCGCCCUCAUCAGGACCAACUGGGUGUACAAGAGUGGCCUCACCAUCCCCAUCAUCAUUGGGUUCGUUGUUCUCCUCCUCGCUGCUGUUCUCCUCCUCGCUGCUGCUGCUGCUGUUGGAGUCUUUGUGUACCAGAAGAGGAACGGUUCUGACACCAGCUCUGAGAACACUGAGGGGCAGAAUCCGGCUCCUGAGGCCCAACCUCUGACCACAGUUUGUAGUUAAAUCAUGAAGAGGCUUCUCACGUUCAGCUUCCUAAACCAGGAUGCAGUGGAUCGCAGUUCAUUUAUAAUCCUUACAAACAGGCUUGGGACUUCAGCUAACUAAAGAUGCUAUAUCUGCUUAAUAACAAUAACAUUCAUACUUAACUUUAUCUUGAUAACAACCAUUUAUCCGUAAAAAUUGUAAAUCAAUUAGAUCGCUGUAUUUGUGAUAGAUUUGAUUAACUCACUGGCUUAAACCUGUAAUCUUUCACUGAUGCUUGGAAACCAUGGCAACACGACCUCGCAACAUAAGCUAGCACAAUCGAGCUAGGCUGCUCUAGCAUGAAGGUUUUUUUGUAUUUUUACAAAAAAAUCGGAAUUGGAUUAAAUAUUAAUGUUUUUUUUAAUCAUCCAAAUGUAAAAAUCGCUGUACUCUCGUUUGGGGUUAUUUGGACAAUAUAAUCCCCCAAAAAAUCUGAAAAUAUUCUCAAUAUACUGUUUAUAGGUUAGGUCCUUUCAUUUAGUGAAGUUAUUGGGCUUUUUGUGACCAGAGUUCAUAUCUUUGAUGAUCUUCCUCCACUAGCGUCCUGAUAUCAGAUGUCUUAUGCUGAAAGACAAAACACACACACACGCACACACACACGCACACACGCACGCACACACACACAUAAAACACACAUUCAUAAACACACAUAUCAACACACAUUUAGCUGAACUGUAUACAUCUAAACAUAUAUAUGUAUGAAGAUUAGAUAUGGCUAAAAAAUAUGCUGAACAUUAUAUAUAAUUGAACGUUAUAUCUUUCUGAACGUUAAGUAUAAAUGAACAUUAUGUAUAGCUGAACAUUGUUGAAAAUGAUGUAAUGCUGAAUAUAUAUUAAAGCCAGCUGAACAUAAUAUUGUAAGAACAAUUCAUUAAGGGUUACAUGAAACUUGGUCGCUGUAACAGUGUGUGAGCAUCAGUGCGUCUGAUGCUGGAGUCAGAGUCACGUCUCUGUGGAUAAUCUCAUCGAGCUGUUCUUCUGAAUACAUCGAUAUGAAGGCGCUAACGGGGCUGCUGCUGUUGGUCUUUAGUCACGGUGUGU